GCGUUGUUUGAUCCGAUAGAAGAAAAACCAAGAGAAGGCACGGCGGGCACCGGUGAAAAAGAUGUUGCCAAUCUGCGGGCUCUCCUAAAUAACAGAAAUCACCUUUGGAGAAAGUCGAGUGGAGAGGAAGAAGACGGCGAACAAAAGCACCUUUCGCAGGACAAGGGAUUGGCUUUACUAGGAAAUAGAACGAAGAACAAUGAUUCUGACUUUGGUUUAGAACAUUUCUUGCCUCGACGAGUAGAGCCACCAGAGAGCUCAUCAGUGAUUUUGAACAACCCUUUACUCCAGUGGGCUUUUCUUCCUGUGCGAGUAGACCUUAAUUUUAGCAGCGACGAGACUACUGCCGUUCGUGAAGUCGCACAUGCCCCUGACUCAGAGAAAGGACAGAGGUUCGAAGUCCGAGGAACCUCAGAGAAAGAAAUGGUAGGACUAGAGCUCACAGACGAAGAGCUGUUCGAGCGGACAUGUUGGGUCCCAUGUCCGACAGUAGAUUGGGAGUUCAUUUGCCACGCAUUCGGGGUCUGCGAUGCAACGGGCGAAGAGGAUGAAGAAUAUUUUUCGUCUGUCUUUGACGAUGACGGUGAAGAACUACUAGACGAGAAUCAUGCUGAAGAUGAGCCGGAGGAAGGUUUGCUCCACCUGUCGUCCAGCGGGGCCAGCAGUAGAAGUAGAGGCCGAGCUGGAGCUCUACGUGAACGCACUCUUGGUUCAUCGACGAUGAGGAAUAACGAUGAUGUCCCGCAUACCAUCGUGAGCGCAAGUAUGCUGCGCCAAUCCCUUCAGCAGGACGUUGUAACCGCGCAUAGUAACUGGGUAACCCCUGACUGGAAAAGCCGAUCGAACGUUCAGAUCGAUGGUCGAGCCUUUGGGCGGAGGCAUGAUGCGUGGGUCGCGUCGGGACAUGGCGCUGCCGCUUCUGCAGACGAAGAUCAAAACGAAGAUGUUGAGAAGCCAUCCGAUACGGGUACUACAGAAGCAGAACAAGCACCAGAUCAACGAGAAAGAGACAGGCGCAAGGAGUCGUCGAAAGAUCAUGAGCAGGUGGAUGGAAGAACAGCUUCGUCUGCGCCGACCUCGUUAACCUCCUCGAUGAAAGCCCAGCGCGAAAUUGAGCGGGCACAUAUCCAAGCCGUGAGCAGUAAACGAAAUUUGAAUGCAGCACUAGAAGCAGCUGCGGAAAUCGACAGGAAAAAGGAGAACGGUGAGCUCACAGAUGACUCAGAGCCAGAGCAUACUGCGAUAACGACGGAUGAACUGGUGGAGCAUUGGCGCGGACUAUCAUCCAUGUGGCCUAUGAACAAUGCACAUGAACACGACGAAGAAAGCACAAGUGAAGAUGCCGCUCGCCAAGAUAAGCAUGACCACGCUUCCUCCAACAUACUGGCAUCUUUUGUCAAUAGUGAUGAUCUGAAGCGUACUGUCCAUCACAGAAAUUUAGCGGAGGACGAGGAACGAAAAAAGAGAGAACAUCAAAAUAGCGACAACGCCCCUGGUGCAUCAUCAACAAAAUCUUCAGGAGCGCACUCUGCUAUGCACUGGGCGCACCAACAGCACGAUAUGGCCGAGCUAGAGGGAACGAAGCGUGGCUAUCGAGUGAUGCUGUCAGUGGGGAGCGUCCAAAAUGAAGAUGGCUCUGAUGCUGGCGAAGUUGCUUGUCAGACUGAUUUCAACCGAAUCUUUCUCAAAUACAACUGGGCUUUGGACGAAUAUUACGCGGACAGUAAAAAUCACUACUACAACACUCCCAUGCAGGUAUUGUACACGGAUGAACAGGCGGUGACGUGCAUUCAUCCGAGCUUGCCUGAGCACAAAGCCAUGGUCACACAACAUUCGCCCUGCCGUGCAUACACGUGGAAAAAGAGCUGGAAAAAGCCUCUGAACCGCGCUUAUUUCAAAAAGCAAAGCUGCAAAUUUGGAUGGGAGUUAAGCCUCGUGCUUCCAAGGUCACAACGAAGGAGAAAGAUGCCAACAAGAAGAUCAACAUUUUCGUCCACGCAUCAAGAAUCUACUUCUAGAGGACAAGAGUUUUGCGAGCGCGCCGACCGCCCUGAACAGUGGUCUGAACCUGACUAUGUUGAUGCGCAGAGUGAAUUGCCGUUUUUGUCUGCUGAAGCGCAAGCAUGGUGGGCGAAACGAGCGCGCGCCAAUCUCGUACCCCAUCAUCCCCAUAUUCCCCGAAAUUUCACCACGUCUUCGGUGUACAGCUUUCUGAAAAGCAUUCUCUUGCCGGUAAUCAUUCACGACCGUCACAUCUUCCUGCCGCGCCUUGAGCAAGCCCAGAUCGACACGACCAUUCCGGGUCAUCAAGCCGAUUGAGCGGAAGUUGAGGACAACGAGCAAAAACGAGGAACAAGAAUAAAACACCACAAAAUAAAUGUAUAUUGAUUCAUUGCUUCAAGUAGUACAUGUUGAUAUUGAUUCAUUGAAGCAAGAGUAACGCCAAUAAUUUGUAAUAGAUACUUAAAGAUUUUUACGCUUACGACCAGCAAGAUCAUGCCAAGUCGCGCAAUAUGGCUAAGUUUGAUGAUGCGGCUUCCCUCUUUUUCCUUAUUCGCUUCCAACACAAAAAGAUACUUUUCGUUUUCCUUGUUACAACACACUACGCAGUG